AUGAAGGCCAUCAACAUUGCCAUGGACACCAACUACACAGGUGAGGAGAUUGACCAGAAACUCAAGGAGUCCCAUUUUACAUGCAGAGACAUUACCAACAGCAAGGAUGAGUACAGGCUGUGGGACGAGCAAUUUGCUAAAGUGGUGAUUGAUGAGGCAAUCAAGGCAGGAGUCAGGCACAUCUCCUACUCUUCCCUCACCUUUGCCAGCAACAGCAACCUGAUGUCUGUCAUGCAGGUCAUGGCGGCACAUCUCUUGACUGAACAGUAUCUUGACCAGGUCCAGCAGAAGAACCCCACCACCUUCUCCUACACCACUGUGAGGGAGGGCCUGUACUCAGAGAGCUAUCCCAUCUACACUGCCUUCUUUGACAUCAACAACCCACCUCAGGACAACCUGAGUGAGGUGACAGCAUGUCUCAUCAUCUGGUACAUUGAGGAUCCCACAUCAUUCCCCUGGCUCAACAAGAUCAUCAUCCUCUCUGGUCCAUGUGCCUACACGCUCAGUGAGAUGGCUGACAUCUUCUCAUGCAUCCUCAGCAAGCUGAUCAAGAUUGUGGAGACAAGCAUCAAACACUAUGUCAAGUCAGGACUCAACUACAGGACAGGGGACUGGGCGUGGCUGUGGGCCAACUCCUUCAAGGGCAUCCACCAAUCCAAGACCAACAUCAUCAACUCACACCUGCAUGACCUGCUGGGGUGGGAGCCCAAGGACUUUGAGACAACCAUACACAACAGCCUUGUGGCCAUGAAGGAACAGUAG